AUGACGCGAGAAGGCGGAAGCGACGGCAUGGGGCGGGGAGGCAGCGCGCUGCGCCUGGCGCUGGAAGGGAACAUCGCUGUGGGGAAAUCAACCUUCCUGAGGCUGCUGGGUGCCACCUUCCCCCAGUGGCACUUGGUGACUGAGCCUGUGGCCCAAUGGCGCAAGGUGCCAGGCAGCAGCACAGCCAAGGCCUCUGUGGGCUCCGGCAACCUUCUCCAGAUGAUGUACCAGGAGCCAGCACGAUGGUCCUACACCUUCCAGACCUUCUCCUGCAUCAGCAGGAUGAAGAUGAUGCUGGAGCCACCUCCUGAGCAGCUCCCUGGCACCCUCCACCCCGUGAGGGUCUUUGAGCGCUCAGUCUACAGCGAUAGGUACAUCUUUGCCAAGAACCUCUCUGAGGCUGGGCACCUGCAGCCUCUGGAGUGGGCCAUUUACCAGGACUGGCACGAGUUCCUGGUGCGCCAGCUGGGCACCCACCUUGCUCUCCAUGGCUUCCUCUACCUUCGGGCCACACCUCAGAGGUGCCUGGAGCGGCUGCAGCGGAGGGCGCGGAGCGAGGAGGGUGGCGUCCAGCUGGGAUACCUGCAGCAGCUCCAUGCCCAGCACGAGCAGUGGCUGGUGGACAGGACCACAGAGGUCCACUUUGAGGAGGUGAAGCAGGCACCUGUCCUGGUGCUGGAGGUGGAGAAGGACUUUGAGCAUGACGUGGCCAUGCAGAGGGUCCUCAUGGCACAGGUGGAGGCUUUUGUGAGGUCGCUGCAAGCCAAAGCUUUGCCAUCUGAUCCCAGCCCUCGCUGAGCUCUGGCAGCAGCCCCCCAGUGCCCCCCGGGAAGGGGGCAUCCCCUC